AUGGCACCCGUCAGUAUGGAGAUCCUCGUCGCCGGUCUGAAUUUCACCUCCCAGCCGGACUUCUCAUCUGCCUUCGCCGAAUUCGCAGCCGACCGCAACCCUAUCUUGGACUUCAUCACCAGAUACUGGUCUGUGGUUUUGGAUUGGAUCAGCACGGCUUCAGCAGAUUGCGUGCAGUGGGUGUUGCAGCCUCGUGAGUCGCAUAUCAGAGCCUGUCGAGUUGAUGACUGACUCGGAAAUGACCAGAUGUUUACGCCGUCAUCAUCGCCUGGGCCGUUACCUUCACCAUCAUUAUCACGAUCAUCCUCACUCUUGGCUUCGGACCAGUGGGCGUUGGUGCUGGCGAGUCAAUCGAGACCUUAUAG